UGGGGAAUGUUUGUAUAUUUUAUGAUUUGAUUUUGCUGACAAAAAUAAGUUCUUUCCAGUUAAGAAAAAACGUAGUAUGACUAUGUGAGGUCGAAGAGAAAUUUGACAUCAACUUAACCCAUGACUCGAAAAAUCUCCCACUUCCCCCACGUGCACUAUAUUUCCACUGUGUUCCGCCAUCUUGGAGGUGAUUGUAUAUUUCAUUGUGAGAAGAAAGCCAACUUUGCAUGCUAGAUCUAUUAAUUUGGCUCUCGAAAAGGGUGACAGUCAAUAAUCAGCUUAUUCUUUAAAGCCAGCUGACUUCCUGUAAAUUUUAGGUAGUGAUCAUUUCUUGUUUGAUGUUAUUUCACUGUUGCGUGUAGAUGUCAAGUGAAGCCGACUCCACGACAAACUCCCCACCAACGAAGAAACGCAAAACAGACCCCACCACGGGUGCAAAUUGCUCUUCAGCUAACGCAGUCUCGAAACCAGUCGGUAAGGAGAUGGCACAGAACGGAGCCUCUGGUGAAAAUGACAUUGACGAGAGCCUGUACUCCAGACAGCUCUACGUCCUUGGUCAUGAGGCCAUGCGUAAGAUGAACCUGUCCAAUGUACUGAUCUCUGGUAUGAGAGGACUGGGAGUAGAGAUUGCUAAAAAUGUGGUGCUAGGCGGGGUCAAGUCCGUCACUAUUCAUGAUAAGGAGAACGUCUCCUAUGCAGAUCUGGCAGCGCAGUUCUUUUUGCGUGAAGAAGACAUUGGGAAGAACAGAGCAGAGGCCACCCUGCCUCGUCUAGCAGAGCUGAACAACUAUGUGCCUGUAGCUGCGUACACUGGAGAACUCAACCAUGAUUAUCUGAAGCAGUUUCAGGUUGUAGUCCUUACCAACACCCCUCUGAAGGAGCAGUUGGAGAUAGAUGCUUUCUGCCACAAGGAAAACAUAAGAGUCAUAGUGGCAGACACCAGGGGACUGUUUGGUCAAAUAUUCUGUGACUUUGGUGAGCAGUUUGUGGUGUCAGACACCAAUGGUGAACAGCCAGUCAGCAACAUGAUAUCUGCCAUCACCAAGGACAAAAAUGCAGUGGUGACAUGUCUGGAUGAAAGUCGCCACGGCUAUGAAGAUGGGGACUAUGUCACGUUUUCUGAAGUCCAAGGAAUGACAGAGCUGAAUGAUUCGGAACCCAGGAAAAUCACAGUUCUAGGUCCGUACACCUUCAGUAUUGGUGACACUACUGGAAUGUCCGACUAUACCAGAGGUGGUAUUGUCACUCAGGCCAAGAUGCCAAAAACUGUGCACUUUAAACCAAUGAGAGUGUCGAAAGACAGCCCAGAAUUUGUUAUGACUGACUUUGCCAAGUUUGAUAGACCAGCCCAGUUGCAUCUGGCCUUCCUUGCUUUGCAUGACUUUGUUGCCAAAGAAAAGCGUUUACCAAGACCAAGAAACAAGGCUGAUGCUGAGGAGUUCCUGACUAUGUGCAGGGAGGAGAAAAUCAAGGAGAUGUCCCUGGUUGACCAACUGGACAGUGAUUUGAUGAGGACAUUUGCCUACCAGGCUGCAGGUGAUCUGUGUCCUAUGGACGCUGUGAUUGGUGGUAUUACUGCACAGGAAGUGAUGAAGGCAUGCAGUGGCAAGUUCACUCCCAUUCAGCAGUGGCUGUAUUUUGAUGGUUUGGAGUGUUUACCAGAAAAUGCUGAUGAGGUUCUGACAGAGGAGAUGUGUAAACCAAGAAACAGCAGAUAUGAUGCUCAAAUUGCAGUGUUUGGAGAUGAAUUUCAGAAAACACUAGGCUCACAAAAAUAUUUCCUGGUUGGGGCAGGAGCCAUAGGCUGUGAGAUGCUGAAGAACUGGGCCCUGAUGGGCGUGGCGGCUAACGAAGAUGGCCAUGUUUGGGUCACUGAUAUGGACACCAUUGAGAAGUCCAAUCUCAACAGACAGUUCCUCUUCAGGCCUUGGGAUGUACAGAAAACUAAGUCCUCCACAGCAGCUCAGGCAGUCAAGCAGAUGAACCCUGCCAUCCAUAUAACUGCUCAUGAGAACAGGGUAGGGCCAGACACAGAGAAUAUAUACGAUGACAAGUUCUUUGAAAGCUUAGAUGGAGUGGCGAAUGCUUUAGAUAAUGUGGAUGCAAGAAUGUACAUGGACAGGAGGUGUGUGUUCUAUAGGAAGCCACUACUGGAGUCUGGUACUCUGGGAACCAAAGGAAAUGUACAGGUGGUUAUUCCUCACUUAACAGAAUCAUACUCCUCGUCUCAAGAUCCACCAGAAAAGUCCAUUCCUAUAUGUACUCUGAAGAAUUUCCCCAAUGCCAUAGAACACACACUGCAGUGGGCUAGAGACCGGUUUGAGGGUCUGUUUACCCAGGAGGCCGAGAGUGCUGCCCAGUACCUGACUGACCCCAAGUUUGUAGAGAGAGUGUCCAAGCUGCAGGGAUCACAGCCAAUGGCAACAAUGGAAGAUGUCAGGAAAGCCUUAGUUGACGAGAGACCGACAUCGUUUGAGGACUGUGUGAAGUGGGCCAGAAAUCUGUUUGAGUUUCACUUCAAUAACACCAUCAGGCAGCUCCUGUUUAAUUUCCCUGCUGACCAGGUCACCUCCUCAGGUCAGCCCUUCUGGUCUGGACCCAAGAGGUGUCCACAUGCUCUGGAGUUUGAUGCCAAUGUGGAAACCCAUUUGGACUUUGUGUUUGCUGCAGCAAACCUAAGAGCAGAGAUGUACGGUUUUCCUCAGAAUAGAAGUAGGCCAGAAGUGGCCAAGAUGGCUAGCAAAGUGGUAGUCCCCAAAUUUGAGCCCAAGUCUGGAGUCACCAUAGAAACAACUGACGCUGAAUUACAAGCAAAUCAAAAUCAGGGCGUUGAUGCAGAUCAGUUUGAGGAGUUCAUGAAGAAGAUUCCUGCAGUGUCUGACCUGAAAGGUGUGACUAUUAAGCCUUUAGAUUUUGAAAAAGAUGAUGAUACAAAUUUCCACAUGGAUUUUAUUGUGGCUGCGUCCAACUUGCGAGCAGAAAACUACGACAUCCCACCUGCUGAUAGGCAUAAGAGUAAAUUAAUUGCAGGAAAGAUUAUCCCAGCUAUAGCCACCACGACAUCUCUUAUUGUUGGACUAGUCUGUCUGGAAAUGUUGAAGUUAGUCCAAGGCCACAAGAAUCUUGAAAGCUUCAAGAAUGGUUUUAUUAACUUAGCAUUGCCAUUCUUUGGCUUUUCUGAACCCAUCCCAGCUCCCAAAAACAAGUACUAUGAUACAGAGUUCUCACUUUGGGACCGAUUUGAAGUUGAUGGAGACAUGACCAUGCAACAAUUCUUAGAUCAUUUCCAGUCUCAGAAGUUGUAAAGAAAGUUUCCAAGAAGAAGAUCCCAGCAUAUAUGAAUUCUCUGGUUCUGGAAAUCUGCUGCAAUGACACAGAGGGAGAAGAUGUAGAGGUCCCCUAUGUUAAGUACAACCUCCCAAAGAACUAGGUCACUGGGUCAAGUUCAAGGACAAAAGACUGAGGAUUGUAAGAUUCAGGAUAUAGUAAAAGCACUUGAUAGACAAACUUAUUUUGAGUAAAGAAAAGUUAUUACAGAAAGGACAAUACAGGACAUGUACAAAUUGAAAGAAUAUUUAUUGUUAUCUUAAGAAGGUAUCAACCAACUGUGGCCCACAGCACGAAAAGAUUCAUUUUUGUUUGUUAUAAGAUAUUUUAGACCCUGUUCAGUUAUUAUUUGACAAUUGACCAAUUCAUGAUUUGUUUAUGCAUAGUACUGUGUUUUGAAAUGGACAUCAUUAAAAUGGGUAUUUCCAAGUUUGACCACAAAAGUUUUGCAGAAAUAUAUUACAAUGCAUCAAUGACAACAUAUCUAUCAUCACUCCCAUAAAAGGAACCUGAUCAAAGUAUUCCUCUUUUUGUUUUCAGUAUGAGAUUGAAAGAUUGAUAAAUAUUGGCUUGCCAGUAAAUGGGAUCAAACUGUUUGUAUCAUUAUAAAGUUGUUGUCUAGGGUAAGGAAAAAAAUGACUAUCAUUUAAGCAAGAAUCUUAUAACUUAUUUGUGGUGAAACUUGAACACUCCUAGCAGUCCCUUCAGUCAAGUCAAUUACUCCCGUUUGCCAAGCAAACUAUGUUAUAUACUGUACUAGGUUUGUAUGUGUAGAAUACAAAGUGCACUAUAUGUAUGAGAACACCAUUGGUGCAUAAACAUUUCCAAAUCAAAAGGAUUUGUAUAACUGGGGCGUCUCGAUAGUGCGAAGGUUAAUUGGUCCGAAAAACGGUAAUAUUUUCUCCAGUUUUUCAGUCAAGGGUUCA